AUGGUCAAGGCACAGUUCCGAUCAACAGUCUUCCUCUUCCUAGGCCUCUGGCUGGCCCCAAAUGCCUAUGCUGAGCCUAUACCGACACCUUCAGGAAAGUAUAACGUAGGGAUCCAGCGUCAUUUGGUUCCUUUUAUCAACAAGAAUGAUCCAACUUGGCCCAAUGAGGUAUCAACGGAGUAUUUGGUGACUCUGUACUACCCCACUCCCGACGAGGCCGCAGAGCCCAGUCCAUAUAUUGAGCCAGAGCUGGCACAGCUGUACACUGACUUCUCGGGAUGGAACUUUUCGCACCUCACGUCAACAAUGCGAAAGGAUGCCUCAUUCCUUCCCAAGCCAGCAGGCCCGACAUUACUCUUUGGCCCGAGCGGUUGGGGUCCAUCAACCGAUGGCGAUGGUAUUUUGCUUUCCGAGCUGGCUUCUCACGGCUAUGUCAUUGCCGCCCUGGACCAUAUAUUCGAGCAGCCGUUCCUUCGUCUUCCCAACGGCACCGGCAUUUAUGGUCUCGCUAUUGAUUUUAACGGGGACCUCGAGUACAUCCAAGCCUUGCAUGAAGUCCGCGUGCGGGAGAUGGUACACUUCGCCGGGUUCCUCCCAAAACUAGCGGCCAAGUUGCACGCCCCUUUCAAGACAGACAAGCUCGGCGCUUUUGGCCACUCCCUUGGCGGCUCAUCUUCCCUAAACGCUGCUCUGGAGACGGACAAAAUCGCGGCGGCGAUCAAUAUGGAUGGCACGAACUUUGGCCGGCUGAACACAACCUCCGAUUCCCUGAACAAGCCCUCUCUGCUGCUGGGAUUCGAUGGCCACACGCCAGAGAUUGAUGAUACGUGGGAGAACUUUUUCAAAUCACAGAAAGGCUGGUGGCGUCUCUUCACCGUGACCGACGCCAAGCAUAACGACUGGACUGAUAUGGCGUUUUGGAAGAAAUGGGGGACGACACGGCCUCUGGGAGCUAUUGACGGGGAUAGGAUGGUCGCUUUGAGAAACAGGUAUGUCAAAGCCUUCUUUGACGAGCAUCUGCUUGGGAAGGAUGAUGCCGUUUUGGACGGGCCAUCUGAGGACUGGCCGGAGGUGAAUUACAUUCAGGGAAACCAGUGA